AAACGUCUCCCCCAUCAGUCCAGACUUGGCAGCAAACCCUAGAAAACCCAAAAUUGAAGCUCUCCUCCACCUUCUUCUUGUUGAUUCACAGAAUCGCACUCUCAAAAUCUCUUCUCCGUGUGGCCUCUCAAAUUCCCUACAUUCUCAUCUGAAGAUUCCAUGGGAGAGAACAACAAACGGCGACUCUCCGACCACCACCCCCAACGGAGCAAGAAGCAUCCACCUUCAUCUUCUCCUUCUUCCGCUCCAAGUCCUCUUCCCUCAAGCUCAGUUUCUCAACAACAGUUCCACGGCCCCUCACCGGAACGCCAAAGGAACAAGAUCCCACAUUUCGUUUCCUACCUUGAGUUCCCCAAUUUGCCGUUUAAGGUCAAAUUACUGUGUGAAAUCAUCGCCAAUUCCCCAUCCAUCGACGUCGAGAGGAUUCUCGAAGACACCGGCGUUCAGGUCACUCAAGAAGAUGUCGAGGAGGUCCUUAAAUUGUCUUACAAGUUUCCAGGAUCCUCUGUUAAAUUUUUCCGCUGGUCCGGCCGGAAGCUCAACGACCAACACAGCCCCUAUGCUUGGAAUUUGAUCAUCGACAUGUUGGGUAAGAAUUUAUAUUUCGAACCAAUGUGGGAUGCUAUGAAAUCGAUGAAGAAAGAAGGGUUGCUCUCUUUGGCGACUUUUGCUUCGGUAUUUAGUAGUUAUAUCGUUGCAAACUGUGUUAAGGACGCCAUUAUGACAUUUGAGGUUAUGGAUAGUUAUGGUUGUCCUCAUGAUGUGGUGGCAUUAAAUUCACUUCUAAGUGCUAUUUGUAGGGAUGGAAACACUAAGGAUGCGUAUGAGUUUUUGCAAAUAGCAAAAGAUAAGAUUAGGCCUGACCCGGAUUCUUAUGCCAUUCUGUUAGAAGGGUGGGAAACUGAAGGAAAUGUGGUAUGUUCCAAGCAAACUUUUGGAGAGAUGGUAGAGGAGAUUGGUUGGGAUCCCACCAAUACCCCUGCAUAUAAUUCCUUUUUAUGUGUUUUGCUGAAGGGCCCCGAUGGGCUACACGAGGCAUUGAGGUUCUUCAAAAGAUUAAAAGAUAAAAUGUGCUAUCCAGGAUUUAAGUUUUUCAAGGUUGCCCUUGAUGAGUGCGUAAAGAAUGGUGAUGCAAAGGCGGCGAGUUAUCUUUGGAAUGAAGUCCUUGAGAGUAUUAAUUUUCAGCCUGAUACACAUAUGUAUAAUUCAAUGAUUGUUAUAUGUUGUCAUCAAAAUGAUACUGACGCAGCUAGAAGGUUGCUCGAUCAGAUGAUAUGUUAUGGGGCAUUCCCAGAUAUGGAAACUUACAAUUUGUUGUUUCAGUUCUUAUUAAAGAGCAGGAAAUUAAGGGACGCUUCAGCUAUAUUUGAUGAAAUGAUUAAAAAUGAAUUUGUUCCAAGCCGUGCUAAUUGUAAUGCAGCAGUUAGGAUUUACAUUGAAAGUGAGGACCCAAAUGGGGCCAUAAAAGUAUGGAAAUGUAUGCUUAAAAGCUAUGAAUCUGAUCUUGAAGAUAUUGGUAAUUUCUUGAUUGUAGGGCUCCAAGAUCAAAAGAGGUUGCCAGAAGCAGUAAAAUAUGCUCAUGAGAUGAUUGAUAGAGGAGUCAUGUUGAAACAUUCGACUUUGUCCAAACUAAAACAGAGCCUUCACGAAGUUAGAAAGGAAUUUAUAUAUGACGAGCUUAUGACAAAGUUGAAAGUUCCUGAGUAAUAAGCAUUUUUGUGCCUUAUAGAUGUAGAAAAUGAAUUUCUGCAUGAUGAUCAUUUGAUUGGUAUUUGGAUGAAGUUGAAGAUCAAACCUGUUAUGAUAAUGCUUAUUAAAACAUCAAGUGAAUACAUGUUCAAUAUUUUCUAAGCUCUGGACAUCUUUUCCCUCUGGCUUAUAGAGCUGAAGUUUUACAUGGAUUCUUGACUGACGUAAACAUCAUCUCUUUAUGUGGCUCAAAUCAGGCGUGCAUUCUGAUAUGAAUCUCUCUUUGAAGAAUCUUCUGCUAUUUUUAAAAUGAACAUUUAGAGGGUUGUGGUGAGUCCUAGCAAAUAACAAGAAACUAUUGUAGAAAAUCUGAGGGAACAUUCCAUGGAGUUGUAGACUGAUAAUAAUUGGUAUAAAGAGAGUCAUCUGUUCUGUCUUAUGCACCAACACAAGGGAGACAGUGCCACAAAGAAGGUUUCUCUGUUGCUUGUUGGAUGGGUUUUGUUUGAUGUCCUAGAAAUAUAACAGAGAUAUGCAUUUGUCUCCCUCUCCUUCGUAGGGCUUUUCUUGUAACUACCUCUUCUCCCUUCUUUGGGACUCUCGUGCGCUCGCCCUCUGUUGCCUUCAUAAUUGUGGAAGGCCACAAUCCCAAGGUGUUUGCUUGGCUGGUCGUUUAAGUGGAGGUGAAACACUUUGAUCGUAUUCAGUUGUCGUCCUGGUCAUUCAUGGGAAGUGCAACACUUUUAGAGUUGUUGAGAGGCUUGUGUGUUCCAUGAUGGAGGAGGUCCUCUUUCAAGAUACAAGAGGCUCAUAAAGGCUUGUGCAACACUGGCUCGUAACAAAUUAAUUGUGCCAUCCGAUGAUCGAGGAGGUCCUAUGUCACUUGCCUUUCUGAUCUGCCUUGUUUUUUGCUAUCUUGAAAUAUCUGGUUCGAGUGGAACGAGAGAACUUUUUGAGAUGUCGAGAGGCUUUUAGAUAUGUUAGGAGGCUCUGGGAGAGGCUAAGUUUAAUCUCUCCUUAGGCAUUGUAAAAACUUUUGUAAGUUUCGUGUGUCCAUAACUAUUAACAAUUGGAGCCCGGGCUCAUUUCUUGCUUCGUUUGUUUUGGACUUCUUCCUUUUAUCAAACAUUCUUUCAUUUGCCUCAAUGAAAGUUUGACUUUUUAAUGUCUGAAUGGCAUCAAUUCAUGGCAUGAAGUUUCAUCGAA